CUUGUUCGUUUCUUUAAACGAUUAUAUUUCGACAACAGAGAAUAGUAUUUUUCUCGAUUUGAAAGAUAAAUAUGGAAAGCAAAAAAUUGGAUGCCUUGUCAAAAACGACUUCACCAUCUGUUUCGAAACCAGUCCAGAAACUAGUAUCGAAAGGGCAAUCAAGUGUUUCCUUUUCUAAGAUAAGCAGGGAAAAUGAGCAAAAAGGUGCUAUACCAAAGAAUAUAAAAAAAACUGAUUUGCCGAAGGGGCAACCAAAUAUGUCCGGUUCAUUUUCGAAGAUCUCAAAUGAGAAUUUGCUUGCUUCACCAAUAAGGGUCCCCAAAUCUGAUUCAGAGGCAAUCCAAAAGAGUGAUAUGACCGAAAUGCAACCAAAUGUGGUUGCUUCGUCUUCAAAGGUAAGGCGGGAAAAUGAGAAAAGGGGUGCUAUACCAAAAUGUAUCCAAAAAACUGAUUUGCCGAAGAGACAACCAAAUAUAGCUGCUUCAUUUUCGAAAAUGAACUUGUCAAAUGAGAAUUUCUCUGCUUCACCAAUAAGGAUCCCCCAAACUGAUUCAGAGGAAAUCGAAAAGAGUGAUUUGACAGAAGUACAACCAAAUGUUGUUGCUUCGUCUUCGAAGAAAUCUAAAUUUGCUGAAGGCGGUAGAAAGAAGGAUACUUGCCAGUCUUCUGAACCUUCUACCAGUUUGUCGGUAGCUGAGCAAAUGGAGGCUAAGAGAAGACAGGAGAAAGAAGACUAUAUGACUAAAAAGUGGUUAGAGGGUGAUAAAAAAGGCUGGGAGUUCUUAGGUAAAGGUUCCAGUGAUAUUGAAUUUCCAAUCGAACCUCCACCCGACUAUGAAGGGCAUGAAGUUUUGGGUGUAAAACUUGAUCGCCUGGAAGCAUGGGCUGAAAAGUUUUUCAAAUAGAAGGAAAAAAUGGAAAUGUUGAAGCCUUUAUGAUUAAGAAAUUUGAGCUUUUAUAACUGACCAGUGAUUUGGGGAUUCUUUACUCUUCCUUAUUUAGUAAAAAAAUGAUUUUUUUUUGUAUGCAC